CAAACAAUUCAGCAUUCAAAAAACAGGAAGAACAUCAUCAAGCAAAGCAAGCAAGGACACGCCAUUGAUUUUCCCCAUCCAUCCAUCCUUAUCACACUCCAACCAACCGCCAUAAUUCAUCACGAAAUUUUCCCCAUCAUUUUUUUUUAUAAUUAAUUUAUUAUAAAUAACAACAAUUUCAAUCCAAAUUCACAAUUUCGACUGGCAACUCGUCAUUCCAGGAAUUAGGGUUUAUAUAUAUAAUAUAAAUCUUGAACACCUUGAACCAGAUUCUGUUAAUAAAUCCCCGAUUUUUUUAGUUAUAGAUACACACAUAUAUAUAUACAUAUACAUGGAGCGAAGAUGGUGGAUGACGUUGCUAAUUAUAAUGUCUUGUUUGUUUGUUGCUUCAUCUGCCAGAGGGCUUAAAAUCAAGACCAAGACUAGCGUCCCUGCGCCGCUUUAUAAUCACACACUUGCCUUGACUCUGGUGGAAUAUGCUUCUGCUGUUUAUAUGUCAGAUUUGACCGAGCUAUUCACGUGGACUUGUGAUAGAUGUGAUGGCAUGACAAAGGGUUUUGAAGUUAUAGAGCUCAUUGUUGAUGUUCAGAAUUGCCUGCAGGCCUUUGUUGGGGUUGCAGACGAUCCGAAUGCUAUUGUUAUUGCAUUUAGAGGCACUCAAGAAACCAGUAUACAGAAUUGGAUCGAGGACCUAUUUUGGAAGCAACUUGACUUUGAUUAUCCAGGGUGCUCGGCUGGCAAGGUUCAUCAUGGAUUUUUCAAUGCUUACAACAAUACAAUUGUGCGGUCGGGAAUUCUUGAUGGUGUUAAUAAGGCAAUAGAAAUGUACGGAGAUCUCGAUAUUAUGGUGACCGGUCAUUCGAUGGGCGGGGCUAUGGCUGCUUUCUGUGGACUUGAUCUUGCGCUCAUUUAUGGAUCGAAGAGGGUCCAGGUGAUGACGUUUGGAAUGCCUCGAAUUGGAAAUGCUGCUUUUGCGUCAUAUUAUAGUGAACAUGUACCAAAUACUUUUAGAGUGACACAUGCACACGAUCUUGUACCACAUCUGCCUCCUUAUUAUCAGUACUUCCCACAGAAAACAUAUCAUCAUAUCCCAAGGGAGGUUUGGCUCUAUGACAUUGGGUUUGGAUUUCUUAUCUAUCCAGUUGAGAAAAUAUGUGAUGGUUCCGGUGAAGACCCUGAUUGUAGCAGAUCGGUAUCGGGAAACAGCAUAUCAGACCAUUUGUCUUACUUUGGUGUUGAAAUGGGGUGUGAUACAUCAAGCAAAUGCAAGAUCGUGAUGGCACCUAGUCUUGCUCCCUUUGGCAAAGUAGAUAGUUAUGGUAAUUUUGCCUUGUCAAGAGUUCCCUCGAAGUUCAUCUUGAAAAUGGAAAGAGAACCAAAAAUAAGCGACGAGUGAUUUCAUCUUUGAUCAGCAUUCACUUGUCGUUUGCCAUGAUGUAUAUAUUCAUUUGUACAGUUCCUGUUAAUCUUUGAACAUUUAGAAAAUUGUAAAUCAAAUCACGUCUUGAAAAAAUGUGCUGUGAAUGUGAUGAUGGUUUCGUGGAAUAA